GUCACAAAUUGUUAUUCAUUAAUAUUGUCUAAUGUAAUAUUGAAACAAAAUAAUGAUUAUCAUCAUUUGUUCUGUAUACAUUUGUGGAACUAUAAUCAAUUGAACAUAUUUUUAUAUUAUUUCUAUACAUACUCUAAAAUAACACUUUGAAAAAAACAAACUGUUUACUAUUUCUUGAUUAAUGGCUUCAGUAUUAACAUCACUUGCAAAUAAAUUAGCUCGUAGACUAAGUGAUACACAAGUUCCUUCAUCAGUUCGAUUUGAUGUAGAUGGUCCUCCAAGGAAUUCUCUACUAAGGCGUCAAAGUGUGGCUGCCGAAAGUUUUGAUCCAGAAAAAGACAGUGAUGAUAAUAAUGAAGAAGAGAGACAAAUUUAUCCGAAAUCUGAUAGUCAACGAGCUAGGCUAACUAAUGCUGUCAAAGAAAUCUUACUCUUUCGAUGUCUUGAUGAAGAACAAAAGUCGAGAGUUAUCGAUGCUAUGCAAGAAAUGAAAGUUAAAGAAGGUGAUGUAGUUAUUAAACAAGGUGAUGAUGGAGACAAUUUCUAUGUAAUUGAAUCAGGCACCUAUGAUAUAUAUGUUAAACAGAAUCAGUCAACUGAAGAGAAAAUUGGUGAAAAAGUUGGAUCAUACAAUGGUCAUGGUUCAUUUGGUGAACUUGCUUUAAUGUAUAAUACAUCACGGGCUGCUUCUAUAAUAGCUACUACAGAUGGUAUACUAUGGCUUAUGGAUAGAAAUACUUUUCGACGUAUUGUUCUUAAAGCAGCCUUUCAUAAACGUCAAACAUAUGUAGAAUUGCUUGAGGAUAUUCCAUUACUUAAAGAAUUAAGUAGUUAUGAACGUACAAAUGUUGCUGAUGCGCUACAAUCCAGAGUAUAUCAAGAUGGAGCAACUAUUAUAUCUCAAGGUGAAACUGGUAAAGAAAUGUUUAUUAUUGAAUCGGGAACUGUAAGAAUAAGUGUAAAAGAGAAUUCAAAAGAAGUGGAAUUGAGUCGAGUUGGUAAAGGUGCUUAUUUCGGAGAAUUGGCAUUAAUUACCAAACGACCUAGAGCUGCUUCAGCUUAUGCUGUAGGUGAGACUAAAUUAGCUGUUUUGGAUGUUGCAAGUUUUGAACGUUUAAUGGGACCAUGUCUUAAAGUUAUGCAAAGAAAUAUUGAUACAUAUGAAAAACAAUUAACUGAAUUACUUGGAAACUAAUAAUCAAUUAAAAUUAAAUGAAUUUAGAUCAAAAUAAUUUAAUUCUAUAGAAAUAAAUAAAAAAAGAAAACUUUUUCUUUCUUUCUUUUUCGUUGUUUUUGUUGUUGUUUUUGUCGUUGCUACUAUCUUUUUUCUUUUUCAAUGUUCAAUCAAAACCCAAGAUGACUAUUUAAACAAAUGAUCUUUCUAUAUAUAUACAUACAUUUAUGAAAAAAAGUAUUCUGUUUAUAUAUUACCAGUUCAUUUUGUCAAUUUAAUGUUUACAUUUCAGAUUCUUCUUGUUUGUUUGUUUUUUUUGUUUUUUCUAAGUGAAUGUAAACGUCAGUACAAUGUUUAGUUUAUUACGUAAAAUCGAUAAGGUUAUUCAUAGAUAUAUUGAUGAUAGUAUCAUCAUAAUAGUAUAUAUAUAUAUAUAUAUAUAUAUAUAUAUAUAAUUUUCUACGGUAAGUUAAACGUUCAUCUUGAGUUGCCACCCCAACAACAACAAAAAACAAAGACGAAAAAACAACAAAAAAGAUACAUAUUACGUAAUACCAUUCACAUAUGAAAUCGAAAGUGAUUAUCAUUGAUUAUUGGAUAUAAAUCUUCUUUUAUGAAAAGAAGAAAACAACAAAAAAAAACGAGCAGCCAGAAUUCAUUUUCAUUUAAGAAUAUUUUUUAAACGAUACAAAUGUGUUAUUCUUUCUUUCUUUCUCUCUCUUUUUUUAAUCAUAACAAUCAAUAUUGUAAUAAAGUAAAGAAAACAAAAAAAAGAUAAGACAAGGUGAGUUACAGUCAAAAUGUGUGAAAGAAGAAAAAGGAAAGAAAUUUGUGCAUUUCCAUUUUUCAUUCUUGUAUUAAGAAAUAAAAAAGCGAUAG